AUGGCGAAGGUCUGGAAGCUGCCGGCAAUCGAAUCCUUUGUGCCCAAUGGGAGAGAGUGGCUUCUUCAUGUGCUGGACUCCUUAUGUGAGCUUGAUCGGUGUAAGAUGAUGCUCAUCUUCCGGAGAAGUUGUGAAGUUGAUCGUUCAAUUUAUGCUGCUUUGGUGAAUGAAAUAAGACUAUUGAUGCGUCUUAGACAAACUUGUGUUACUCAUGUUGCGAGAGUCCAGAAUAAAGCUAGUGAUAGUUUGGCUAGGUUCUCCACUAGAGAGCCCGAUCGGACGACGGGGAGUGCGCUAGGCAGACGGCGACGUGAGGCGAGCGCGGAUGCCCCCAGGAGGCGGUCGUUCGCCCAUGCUAACAAGCGGGAGGAGACGCGGCAAGCGGAGUUCGCUGCAAGGAAGGCCGACUACCUGAAGGAGGCUGCGCAGAUCGAGCUCGAGAGGACACGUGUAGAGUAUGAAGAGAAGAAAAAGCUUGCGCAAAGUCAAGCUGAAAUAAAGGCACAAGUAGCUCGAUAUGAGGAUGAGCUACGAAGGAAGAGAGCGCAGCAUGAGCAUGAGGCACAGAGGGCAAGAAACCAGGAGCUCGUGAAGAUGCAAGAAGAAUCUGCAAUUAAGCUAGAACAGCUGAGACGCCAGAGUGAAGAGGAAAUCAAUGAAAUACGGAGACGGACAGAGAAGGAAAAGGCACGAAUAGAGCAGGAGACUAUGAGACUGCAAAAAAUGGCAGAUGCGGAGGCGAAAGCACUUGAACUGCAACUGUCUGAAGAUGUGAAACGGCGAUUGCUUAUUGAGCGGGCAAAUGCUGAGCGGGAGAAGUGGGUCCAAGCAAUAAAUACAACUUUUGAGCAUAUAGGAGGUGGUCUCCGGACGAUAUUAACUGAUCAGAAUAAGCUAGUAGUAGCAGUUGGAGGCGCAACUGCACUUGCAGCUGGGAUUUACACAACAAGGGAAGGUGCAAGAGUAGUCUGGGGUUAUGUUGACCGUAUUCUGGGUCAGCCAUCACUGAUCAGAGAGUCAUCACGAGGGAAGUAUCCUUGGUCAGGUGUCCCUUCACGUGCUAUGAGUACUGUGACUAGCAAACUGAAAAAUGGGAGCAAUCUGGGGAAGGAUGGGAAAGGUUUUGGUGAUGUCAUUCUGAAUCCAUCUCUUCAGAAGAGAGUGAACCAACUAGCUAAUGCCACCGCAAACACGAAGCUUCACCAAGCCCCCUUUAGGAACAUGCUUUUCUAUGGGCCUCCUGGCACAGGGAAAACAAUGGCAGCAAGAGAACUUGCUCGCGAAUCUGGACUAGAUUAUGCACUGAUGACUGGUGGAGAUGUUGCACCAUUAGGAUCGCAAGCAGUCACCAAGAUUCAUCAGUUAUUUGACUGGGCAAAGAAAUCUAAUAGAGGUUUACUCCUCUUCAUUGAUGAAGCUGACGCUUUCCUGUGCGAACGGAACAAGACAUACAUGAGCGAAGCUCAAAGGAGUGCUCUGAAUGCUCUCCUUUUCCGGACAGGUGACCAGUCCAAGGACAUUGUGCUUGCACUAGCAACCAACCGGCCUGGUGACCUUGACUCCGCUGUUGCUGACCGUAUCGAUGAGGUUCUUGAAUUCCCCCUGCCUGGGGAAGAAGAGAGGUCCAAGCUUGUCAAGCUAUACCUUGACAAGUACAUAGUGAAGGCUGGCGAAAAGCGAAAGGGCUUGUUCAGCUUCUUCCGCCGCCAGCCUCAGAAGAUAGCGGUGAAGGGGAUCACCGACGAGUUGAUCCGGGAGGCUGCCGCCAAGACCGACGGCUUCUCUGGAAGAGAGAUUGCGAAGCUGAUGGCGAGCGUGCAGGCCGCUGUGUACGGGAGCACGGAGUGCGAGCUGACCCCGGGCCUGUUCCGCGAGGUUGUAGAUUACAAGGUCGCCGAGCACCAGCAGAGGAGAAAGAUAGCUGGUCAUGCCUAG